AAAGAUUAAAAACGACAACAAAGGCAAGUUCUCAACACGUUUUCCUCAGAUCCGAACGUCGUCAUCGUCUCAGCCAGAUCUACUUUGAUCCUCAAUGUCUUCUACUUUCAGCGGAGAUGAAACGGCACCGUUCUUCGGCUUCCUCGGCGCCGCUGCUGCUCUCGUCUUCUCCUGUAUGGGAGCUGCAUAUGGGACGGCUAAGAGUGGUGUUGGAGUGGCUUCAAUGGGUGUGAUGAGGCCUGAGUUGGUGAUGAAGUCUAUUGUACCAGUUGUUAUGGCUGGUGUUUUGGGUAUUUAUGGAUUGAUUAUUGCUGUUAUUAUUAGUACCGGCAUCAAUCCUAAGGCCAAAUCGUAUUAUCUUUUCGAUGGUUACGCCCAUCUUUCUUCCGGUCUCGCUUGUGGCCUUGCUGGGCUUUCUGCUGGAAUGGCAAUCGGAAUUGUCGGUGAUGCUGGUGUCAGAGCUAAUGCGCAGCAACCAAAACUCUUUGUUGGAAUGAUCCUAAUCCUCAUCUUUGCCGAAGCUUUGGCUCUUUAUGGCCUUAUUGUUGGCAUCAUCUUGUCUUCUCGAGCCGGCCAAUCCCGAGCAGAAUAAGAUGUGCGAGUACCGCGGUAGUAUUCGCUUAUUUAUUUUAUCCGUAGCAGUAGUCGGAAAAUCAUAUCGAUUAAGAUGAAAUUUGUUAAGGUUGGACGGCAAGUGCAGGGUUGGCACAUAAAUAUCGAUGAUCAUAAGUUUGGUGGAUGCUCUUUUCCCCUUUU